GGCCCGGUGCUGAUGACACACAGCUGCAGCUUCUUCCAGAAGUUUCCUCUCACGAGCUUCAAUGACCCGACUUCCACGGUCGGAGUCUCCCGGUGAGAAAACGGUGCGUCGCGGUGUUUCGUGCUUUUAAAUCCAGUGACAGUUCCUCGCGUCGUUUCGGCUCGGAGUUUCAAAUAAGAAGUUACCCGUUGUGAGAGUGUGACCAGUCGGGGGGAGCGACCACCCUUCGCCGUUAGCUAGCCCGGCUACUGUGGCGGAUCCUGUCCCCGUCACCCGGUGACCACCGACCGGACCCGCUGGAUGUGCCGCUGCCACGGAGCGGAAGCUAAGGCCUGGGGUGAUGCUCGUAUGAGGAGGAACUGAGCACACUCCGGGAUGGUUGCCGAUUACUACACGGUGCUGGGAAUAGCCAGAGGUGCGUCCGAGGAGGAGAUUAAGAAGGCGUACAGAAAACAGGCCCUUCGCUACCACCCCGACAAGAACAAGUCCGCCGGAGCCGAGGAUCGAUUCAAGGAGAUCGCGGAAGCCUACGAUGUCCUCAGCGAUGCCAAGAAGAAGGACAUCUAUGAUAAGCAUGGCGAAAAAGGAUUAAAGGGUUCGGCCGGCGGUGGAGGUCGAGGACACAGCGAUCAAAGCUACCACUACUCCUUCCAUGGAGACCCUCACGCAAUGUUCACAGAGUUCUUCGGAGGCCGCAGCCCGUUUGACCAUUUAUUCUCACAGAAUGGGGAGGAUGACAGGGACGUCAACGACUCCUUCCCGGGGUUUGGUGCUGGAGGCAUGAGUGGCAUGGGAGGCAUGAGUGGCAUGGGAGGCAUGGGAGGCAUGGGUGGGAUGGGUGGGUUUCCCAGGCCCUUCAAACCCCAUACAGGAGGCUCCCGCAGGCCGCAUGAGAAGAAGAAGGACCCGCCCGUUGUGCACGAGCUGAAGGUGAGCCUCGAGGAGGUUUUCUCAGGCUGCUCGAAAAAGAUGAAGAUCUCCCGCAAGACACUGAACCCGGACGGCUGCACCAUGCGCAGCGAGGACAAGAUUCUAACAGUCGACAUCAAACGUGGCUGGAAGGACGGGACAAAAAUCACCUUUCCCAGGGAGGGAGAUGAAACUCCCACCAACAUCCCUGCAGACGUGGUGUUCGUGGUCAAAGACAAACCCCACCCGGUGUUCAGACGAGAGGGCUCAGAUAUCAUUUACCCUGCAAAAAUAUCACUCAGAGAAGCGUUGUGUGGAUGCACAGUCAACGCACCGACGCUGGACGGCCGGACCAUCACUGUGUCUUCCAGAGACGUUGUCAAACCGGGAAUGAAGAAGCGUGUCGCUGGAGAAGGGCUGCCCCUGUCCAAGUGCCCCGAGAAAAGGGGCGACAUGAUCUUGGACUUCAGCGUUAAAUUCCCUGACAAACUCGGACAAAGCACGCGGGACGCUCUCAAACAGAUCCUCCCGCCGUGACUCGACGAUCGAAGUUUGCCCUCAAGUGUAACAACUCUGACACUCUCUCUGUCCAUCCUUGAGCCGGACAGUUGGAGGCACAGGGCAGAUUUGGUUCCAGCUGUGUUAUGUUACCACGUGAACACCAAACCCACAUUCUGAGCCAGUAUCCAGUCAGUGUAAUAAGCGUCUCAAGACUUGAGGUUGAGUAACAGUGUUAAGCAUCGGCCUGCUUCAGUGUCAGGCUUAAGUUAGAAAAAUAAACCGUAGCAAGUGUGUGUGUGUGUGUAAAUGUUAUGGCUGCAAGAAGGAGAGGGACUUAACAGUUCACUAAAUUAUAUUGAUUGAACAUUUUAUUUAGAGUUGGAGGAUGUGGUUUCAGUUUAGCACUUUUUUUGGGAAAAGCUUUAAAGUAGCACCCAGCUGAUUAACACUAUCUCAGGUGCACUGAUGUAUGCUUGAAUGUAGAUAUAACUACAUUAACCGACAGGAUGUGAUUAGUUUCAGCUGCCAAUGAUUUUUGAAUUACACAGUCAGGUAUCAUUAUACACAUUUUAAAUGUAGGAAAGACUGCACUGCAGAUCACUGUCCUCUAUCAGGAGAUAUCAGAGUUACCCUAUCAAAGAAAUCCAAUGUGUUGAAGACAGCCCAUCAUUCAAAAUGUUCACUUUAACAAUACCCUCUUUCAACAGGAUUGCACUCUUUACUGUGUAACCUAUUAGAAUCAUUGUGCCAAAUAAUCAUCCCUGUUCGUUUCAAAAUAUGUAUAUGUGUGAGGUCUUAAAUGUUGAGCAUGUGUGUGUCCCGUCAUGUGUAGCUUACAAAUGAUUAAAAUCUUAAAGCUAAAUUCCUUCAUCGUACCUAUUAUAGAUGAGCAACGUCUGUGUGAUAUUUCCCUACCUCCUCAUUUGUUUCUUCUCUGUUUGAUGAGUCAUUUCAUCUAAAGCCACUGAGCUCUUUGUCUUUUUUUUUUUAUGAGAUAAGAUAUAAGACUGGUGCUUAAGUGCGAUGGGUCAAAUUCAAAUGUGUUUAAACCCCUGAUUUAAAGGCCUGCAGAAUAUAUACUUUUUUUAAAGCCUACAUUAUUCUGCCUUUUAUUUCUUUUAUCAGACAGUGUUCACUAUAACAUGCACAGCAUCUGGAAAUAUUUUAAGUUUUACUCCUCUUACUGUGGAGGUUUGUAAACCAGGUGGUUCAUUUGCACACUAAGUAUUUCAGUGUUGACGUAUCCACUGUGAGAAGAAGCCGAGAACUUUGCGGCGGUCGUUUCUUUCCUAAACCUGCUCCUGCUGGAGUUUCACGUUUCUAACUGACUCAAACAUGUGGUUCAACAUGAUUGUAGUAGAGAUGUGUAAUCUCUGUAAUGUUUAACUUUUUUUUGUUGAAAAAAAAUAUUUUUUUCCCUUGCACAUGGUUUUCCUUUUUACGGGAAAAUGUUUAUGUAUUAUUUUUGUUUUACUUCCUGUUUAUGUAAUUCUUCAGAGUGGGAUUUAGGAUAUAAUUUUUUCUAAAGGUUUUUCCUAUGCUGUGAUGAUUAGAUUUUGCAGAUUAAAGAAAGCGACAUAUGUCUUUGAUUAAGGUCUAUUUGUUUUGAUUAAUGAGGAUGUUUUACAAUGAUUAAAGCAUUUCCCCCUGAAACCCUU